GCCGGCUGCCCCGGCAGACGCGCCCUGCUUCCUUCCGCUCCUAGUGGUAAUUCGGAGCGGCUUCCAUUGCCGCUUACAGGAAGCCGCGUGCGAGCAGCGAUGGCCUGGCAGCUCAGCCGGUGGGCGAUGCGCUGCCUCCGGGCGGCCGCACCGGGACCGGACAGGGGGCGCGGCAGGGGUUGCGAACUCUCAUGUGCCUCCUUCGGCAGGAUUAUGCGCCCAGACGAUGCCAACAUCGCGGGAAAUGUCCACGGGGGGACCAUCCUGAAGAUGAUCGAGGAGGCAGGAGCCAUCAUCAGCACCCGCCACUGCAACUCCCAGGCUGGGGAGCCCUGUGUGGCUGCACUGGCACGGGUGGAGCGGACGGACUUCCUCUCGCCGAUGUGCAUUGGCGAGGUGGCCAACGUCAGUGCUGAGAUCACCUACACCUCCAGGCACUCUGUGGAGGUUCAGGUCAACGUCAUGUCUGAAAACAUUUUAACAGGAGCAAAGAAGGUGACGAACAAGGCAACACUGUGGUAUGUGCCACUGUCCCUGAAGAAUGUGAAUAAGGUCGUUGAGGUUCCCCCCAUCCAGUAUGCAAGAAAGGAGCAGGAGGAUGAGGGGAAGAAGCGUUAUGAGGAGCAAAAGCUGGAUCGGCUGGAAACCAAGCAGAGAAAUGGUGACGUGAUCUUACCUGUCAUCAACCCAGAGCCGCACACCGUCAGCUACAGCCAGUCCAGCCUGAUCCACCUGGUGGGGCCGUCAGACUGCACGCUGCUGGGCUUUGUGCACGGAGGCGUCACCAUGAAGCUCAUGGAUGAGGUUGCUGGGAUUGUGGCGGCCCGCCACUGCAAGACCAACAUUGUCACUGCCUCGGUGGAUGCCAUCAACUUCCACGAGAAGAUCAAAAAAGGCUGUGUCAUCACCGUCUCAGGACGCAUGACAUUCACAAGCAAUAAAUCCAUGGAAAUAGAAGUCUUUGUGGAUGCUGACCCRUUUGUGGAUGAGCCUCGGGAGCGGUACCGUGCCGUCAGCGCCUUCUUCACCUAUGUGUCCCUGAGCAAGGAGGGGAAGCCCCUGCCCGUUCCGCAGCUGCUGACGGAGACGGAGGAYGAGAAGCGUCGCUUCGAGGAAGGGAAGGGCAGGUACCUGCAAACCAAAGCCAAGCGGCAGGCGCAGAUGCAGCAGGCUGCCCAGCAGUGAUCUGCCCCGUGCCCUCACUGCCAGCGCCCGCCGAACAUCGAAUUGUUCCCGUUCGUUUCGUGUCCAGUCCGCGCCAGCCCCGCGCCUCCUCCGCCCGCCCCAGCCCGCUGCCGGCGCCGCUGCUUCGCUGCUGCUGCUGGGCUCAGCGCUGUACACCUCGUGCUUCGGGUGGCUGAAGCUCCCUGAAAGCCCCCAAGGAGUCUUCCCAGGCCCUCGCCAUCCCCUUCCAGAGAGCCGUGGUCGCUGUUUGAUCCAGUUGGUGACGCUUCCCGCCUGUGUCAGAGCCGGGACAGAGGUUGUGGUGGCUUGAGGGGCGUGUGAGGCCGCGAGUUCUUUGUGCUGCUGUUGUUCAACUUGCUGGUUUGUCCUACCAUGCACACCAAAGCUUUCGUACGCGCUGUGUUGCGCUGGGGCCGCACUGAAUGUCUCUUGACAUCUUUAGGUAGUUUCUCUGUGCACAUCUAAAUUAUUUAAGAAGUCAUGUGGCAUAAAUAAAGUCUGUUUCAUUGACUGGA